AUGAUUUGCACUGAUAUUCAGCCUUUGCAAAUAGUAGAAAAUAAAGGAUUUAUCAACUUUGUCCGGACAUUACAUGCCGAUUACAUUCUCCCAGACAGAAAAACUUUGUCGGAAAGGUAUUUACCUCAACAGUACCAACUGGCACGCUCUUCUCUAGCUGAUAAGCUAGAAGAUGUAAAGAAUUUGGCUCUAACUACAGAUAUGUGGACCUCGGAUAGCAAUAAGUCGUAUUUGACGGUCACAGUUCAUUUCAUUAGCGAAUCAAAACUAUUCGCGCGUACGUUAAGCACAGUAGAAGUAAAAGAUGUACAUUCUGCGACUGUUAUAGCCAACGUUUUAGAUACUGUUUUGGAGGAAUGGAGAAUCAGUGACAAAGUUGUUACUGUUGUAACUGACAACGCCUCCAAUAUUAAAAAGGCUGUAUCGGAAUAUUUAAAUAAAAGAAAUCACUUUUGUGUGGCCCAUACUCUAAAUUUAGCAGUAUCUGACUGUAAAAAAUCAAACUUGCCAUUGACGUCAUUGUUAGAAAAAUGUCAUACUGUAGUAACUUAUUUCAAACAAAGUACUAAAGCAGCUUACAAAUUAAAAGAACUGCAAGAGCAGAUGAACCACCCUGUCAUAAAAUUAAAACAAGAGGUUAUUACAAGAUGGAACUCAAGUUUUGAAAUGAUGGAGAGACUACUACAGACUAAAUUAUCCUUAUCAGCCGCAUUGUCUACCAUGUCUUCUGCUCCGGAAAAUUUCACUGCUAACCAAUGGGAGGCAAUAGAAGAUUGCGUCAGUGUUUUAAAACCUAUUGAGCAAUUGACUACAAUACUAUCUGGCGAAAAAUAUCCAACUUUGUCCUCUAUGAUACCGUUAAUCAGAAAUGUCCAAACUUGUCUUAUAAAGAAGGUUCCGGUUACAGAAAUAGGUGAAAAUCUAAAAAUCUCUUUGCAUUCUGCUAUCACUAAACGCCUCGGUAUCUUAGAGACCAACAAAACUGCUGCCAAAUCCACUUUUUUAGACCCCCGCUACAAGAAAGCUGGUUUUGGCCUCGAAGCCAAUGCAGAAAAGGCUGCCCAAUGGGUUAUAGAAGAGUUAGAAUCAGAGAUUAUAAAAAAAAAUAGGAAUUUAGCUCCUGAUGAAUCUAGUCAGACAGUGAACACGUCAAAACGCGACACGACGCGACCUCCCCGGUUCGCGGCGGACGCGGACUGA